AUGGCGGACCUUGAGCUCACCCUAACAUGGCUCGGUAUGGAUCGCUACCUCGAACGCUUUAUUGAAGCAGGGUUCGAUUCUUGGGAGACGGUUCUGGAGGUCACGGAGAAUGAUCUGGACAUUCUUAAUGUGGACCUUGGGCAUCGGAGAAAACUACAAAGAGAGAUUGCCAACACCAAACGACUCGCUCGGGACCCGGCAUUCGUCACUCCCUUGUACGGAAUCGAUCCUCUUCCACCGAACACUCGGAGAGGAUUCUCAUCCAGCAGCAACGACGUACAGCAGGGUGGCGCACCCACGAAACGGGGUUACAGACAUCAUCCCAAGCCGGAUCCAAACGUCCCUGAGCGGCCGUACUCCGCAUACGUGCUCUUCUCCAACCACACACGCGAGCAAUUGAAAGAGCAAAAUUUGUCCUUCACUGACUUGUCGAAAGUAGUUGGCGAGAAAUGGCAACAACUCACACGAGACGAGAGAGGAGAAUGGAAGACGAAGGGCGCCAUACCCUGGGAAAGAUACAAAGCGGAACUGGCCGAGUACCAAAAGACCCAUGAUUUCCGGGAAUAUCAGCGCUACCUGACACAGUUCAAGGCCACUCAAGCUGCCAAGAACCCGCAAAGGAAGUCAAGCACUACCAUGCAAAGCCCAGUGCUGUCUCCAAAACAGGCGAGCAGCUUUGCAUCAAAACCUAGCAAGCUGGCCGUCAGCCCCACCGGACGGUCAGUUUCUGAGCAAAAAAUUUCAAAGAUUGCCAUUAAAAGACUCAAAAGAGAUGAAGAAACCUGGAAUCAGUCGUCCGGCUCAGGGACACGUUCACCACGAGUCAGACAGGCAUGCGAAUCGUGUAGAGUUAGGAAGAUCAAAUGUUAUGGGGAGCAGCCGACGUGUCGGCAUUGCAGAGAGCUCGGGGUAGAAUGUUACUAUGCGAGUGGAAAGCGUGACCAGGGGAGAAGACAGCAUGACGAGAUUUGGCAGAAGCUCAAAGCGUACGAAGAACUACUCCUUAAGUUCGUGCCUCAGGUAGAUGAUGAUGAUCAACAGGCGAUACAAGAUGCCAUACUCAUGCCACCGCACGACGAGGCCGCCAAAAACGCCUACAAAAAGACGAUCACAGGUGAAAGCCAAAGCGGCAGUCUUGAUGAUGGAGGUGAACUGGACGCUUCUGACUUUGGUUCAAUGGGUUCUACGGGCCAUAUCAACCAAGACGACACCCUGCAACAGAGCUCUGUAUAUCAUGUCCCGGCUUUUGCAGGACAGUCCUCCCAAACCAAGUGGACUGACAAAUUGAAUAAGGAAUUGCUACCAAAGCAAGAAGCGAAAACGUUCACAUCUCAAGAUUGGAACCAGGGCUUCUCUCGAAAACCUCAGCCGUACGCAGAAGAUACUGAUACCGCUGUGGUUGGACAUCAAAUCGACCCCUUUUCAUUGCCGGUCAAGUCCACAGCCGAUUUUCUCGUGAACGCAUACUUCUCGACGAUGCACCUGUCAUUUCCCAUUCUCAACAAAGUGGACUUCAUGAAUCAGUACGAUCAGCUCUGCAGCACUAUGGAUCCCGAAGGCUUCGAAGAUCGUACAUUUAUUGCUACGCUCCAGCUUGUGUUUGCCAUUGCCGCCGUACACGCCCAUCUCAUCCAAGCUGAUUGGACUGGAGAUGCGAGAGACCACAUGUUGUACUUCUCACAAGCACGCGUGCUAGCAGUAGACACGGGCAUUCUGAAUGAUGAUUGCUACCUUGGCCAGGUCCAGGUGUUUAGCUUGGGCGCGAUGUAUCUAUUAGUGACCCACCAGCUCAACCGAGCCUGGAACCUUUCUGGUCUGGCGGUAAGGUCGGCACAGGCAUUGGGUCUGCACUUGCAGGACGUUUCGGACUCAGUAACGGAGGAGACAAAAGAGUUUCAUGCUUACAACUGGUUCGCCCUGAUGACACUAGAGAGUAUGCUCACACUCGUGACUGGUCGGCCAGCGAUGAUCAAUCCUCGGGAUUGCAGUGUCACAGUUCCAAGGAAGCUUGCCGAGGGUAAGGCGCCGGGUACAACAACCGCACCUUCUGCAUCGUCCGAUCAGAGAUCAGCAAUGGAUAGCAGACACCAUACUUCGACUUCGGGCAUGUGGAAGCCUGGACCAGGACCUUCAUCGAAUAGGAUGACAAUAAAGGGCACCACGAAGGUCGCGGCAAUCUAUUUCGUGCAUUACGUGGAGCUUUGUAUGCUAGCCAAUGAAGCUGUGGGCGAGUUAUAUCAACCCGGUAUUCGAAAAAAGAAAUGGGCAAACAUCGAAAGCAGAAUACAUAGAUUCGACAGAAGGCUUUUUGAAUGGAAAGACGGCGUCAAGCCGCCCUUCGACGUCGCCAGUCCAUCCUCAGACCCAGAAACGGAGUCUUGCCGAGUGGCUCUUCGCAUCCUCUUCCACAGCGCACGAACAAUCAUCAACCGUCCGUGCCUAUGCAGGCUUGGUAAACGUAUCCAAGAUCAAUCAAGCUACUCUCGACGAGAAGACCUCAGCUCAGCAACCAAGUGCGUCGAAUCCGCCCGCGCCACACUCAGCCUUAUCCUUCACAAACCAGAAUCUACCAUUCUCCACGAAGGUACAAUGUGGUGGAUGCAGCUGCACUACCUCAAACGCGCCCUCACAGUUCUCCUCCUCGAGCUCGCCUUCCGCGCCGAACAUAUGCCGUCCGCCGCGGGUGAGAUCCUCGCGGAGGCCAAAGCCGCCGUCAAUUGGCUUGAUCAUAUUGGUAACUCCAGUCCCGAAGCGCGUCGCACCUGUUCCAAUAUGCGUAAGCUGCUACGGCUCGCGGCGCAGAAAGUUGGCGGAGACACAUCAGAUAUGAUGACGUCUUCGGAGGAGGAAGCAGCGCCGACUCAUCCUGGACACCAGCAGCCGCCGUUGGCCAACUACGACAACAACCUAAGCGGCUUUCCGGCCCAUGGUCUUUACGGUGGGGCGGGUCCUUUCGAGCUGUGGCAGAACUAUGGGGAUCUGACUGCACGGAACGAGUUGGAUCAAUUUGGGUUCUUGAGAGCGGAGGGUGGGGUGGGGAGUCUGUUCCCAACCGGGUGUGAUAUUGAAGGGAUGGGUGGGGGGCAAGGUGAGGAUAUCGAUAUGGAGAAGAGCUUUGAAUUUUGA